AUUUUUUAAACUAUAAUUGUCGCUGCUAAGUAGUGUAUUAGGGUUUGGGCUAGCAGAGUAUAAUGGGUGACUUUCACUCUGGCGCAAAGAGUUUUUAGGUGCUAUUUUUUAAAAAAUUAAUAAUAGACUCCAUAAUAUUGCCAUAGUUAAUGCAAUUUUAUGGAGUCUAUUAUUAUUUUUUUAAAAAUUAUUACUAUACGAUAUAAUAAUAGACUCCAUAUAUUGCUAUAUAACAAUAGACUCCAUAAAAUUACCAUAUUUUCCUUGACGGAAGCUAAAAAAUAUGAAUAAUGAACUUGUUAAGUGGAAAGCUCAAGUGCACAAGUAUUUUCUAUUGUAUUAUGGGCCAUUUGUGUUUUACAAACUUGGUAAUGCUGAAAUUUGUUCUCUUUAUUUAAUGCUUUCAACAUCUAUUUAUACAUUAUCCAAUGAAAUUGUUUCAUCAAAGGAUAUUGAUGCUUGUCAGCAACUAAUAUAUUUAUUUCAAAAGGCAUUAUGCUCUUAUUUUGGUGAAGGUAUUCGCACAUUCACUUUCCAUGCAUUAGCACAUCUCUCUAAACAAGUAAAAAAUUUUGGACCUCUUACAGCAAUGUCAGCUAUGUUGUUUGAAAAUGUAAAUCGCCAACUAAAGAGGUCUGUUACAGGAACUAAAGGCCAUGGAAGACAAAUGGCUGAAAAAUUUGUUAGAUUUCAGGCAGAAGACCACUUAAAUAUUUUUUCUUUGAAUCCUUUUGAGUUAGGUGCAGCACAAAAUGUAUCAGAAAAGUUGCGGAAUAUGGAUUUGAAUGAUUUAAAUGUUGACCUAAAUCUUUAUAAGUUUUAUAACCGUUUUAGAGUUGCUGAUAGUGCUUAUCAUUAUGGUAAAAAACUAAAAUCCGCUUCAUAUUAUGCAUAUUUAUUAAUAGAAUUUAAUGUGAUAUUGAAAAUUUUGUUCAUUGCACAUAAUCAAAAAAAAAUUUUGUGUAUAUGUCGAUUGUAUAAAAAUGUAAGUAAGUUUCAUCGUCAUAUGGAUUCUUUUAAUAUUCCUACCAAAAUCAGGCAUGUUUUGUUAAAAAUAUCUCCUUAUUUGUUGUUGAAAAAGUCUGGAUUAGCUGUUUUUGAUUCAAGCAAAUUUACUCACUAUGCUCUUGUAAAAAAAAACAAAGAAAUUUUUUUAUGGUGUUAUUGUUAAAAAUAAUUAUGAACAUGAUUAGGUUUUAUUUCUAUUUUUUAAAGUUUGAAAUUGUAUUAUUUUUUUUUUUUUUGUAUUAUUACAUAUUUACUUUACAAUAUUCUUUUUAUUCAAAGUUGUUAUUUAGGAUUCUGUUUGAAAUCAGUUAAUUAAUGAAACAUCAAACUUAAUUCAUAAUGGCGACAAGAGUUUGUUGUUAACAAUGAUCUAAUUCAGAUUUCUUUUUGUACCAUUUUGACAUGUAUAUGUAUGUGUAUAUGUAUACGCACACACACACACACACGAGGCUUAUUUAAAUUUUUUUAAUUUAAUUUAAUUUCAUAUUUUCAUACACUUUUAUUUUUAAAUUUUAGAUUAUAAUAGCUUUGAAACAAUGACAAUGAAAGUUUUUCAUUGUUCUAAAUUUAUGCUACAGUUACGGUCGUAAAAGAUUAAGACAAAUCUUAUGGGUGCAAUUAUUCCACUGGCACUUGCGAAAUUGCCAAAAGAACUGACCAUCGCUGUUUGUUGUAUUUUUUUAAAUGUUUUAGUUAAACAAUCUAACACUUUA